CAUCUGAGCGGAUGUGCAAUUCCCUGAGCGUGGACAACUCGUGAAACUUGAACAGUUUCUGAGACUGACCACAUUGCAUGCUGCAUGGCUCGUCCAGCCUGAUUCGCGAAGAAAUUUACGACUCACUUGAGUACCGUUCUCAUGACUCCCAAGAAUAUUGUCUUGGAGGAAAAAUUAUUGCUUAACUGGCAGGACUUACGCUGUCGUUUCGCUGUCGUUUUGCCCGCAACGCCAAGCUCGGUAAAUAUGAUUCUGUGAAAGGAAACUGUGAGGAUCAUCAUGGCGUUCCAUGCAUACACAAACCCCGCAGACAGGAGGCCAUGCAUCCGCAGCAUGUCUGCUGGGUCUGGUCAGAGCAGCGGCAAAGUCCCGUGUUCAUGUAGCGACAAGGAAGUUGAUGCGUUACCCAAACUGCCCUCCAUUCCUAGCUGGCUCUGCACUGGUGGUAAAUGUACUGGCAACCUGACAACCAUUUCCCCACUCGUCACCUCGACCGUCACCACCCUGGUGACUUUGACCCCUCCUCCAGCUCUCGAUUCCUGUAGUUGGGUGUGGUGCCUGUUCCUGUUGCUUCUCCCGUUGUCUGCUGUCGUCACGUACAGCGUGUACAAAUACAGUUUUCCGUCUCCUGUAACUUCCAAGACGUCAAACAAUGUCGAUGAAGACUCUGCAGAUCCACUCUCCGACACUGUCUUGAGGUAUGAAGAGCUACCGGUAGUCAUCCCGUUGACAAAUUCGCGUUACGCAAGCAAUGCAGAGGACGUAACUGGGACGCACGGGGCCGGAGACGCGGCGAGCGGACAGUUAAACCCCGAGGAGGCAGACGAAUUCAGCCCCGAGGCAGAGACUGAAGAGGCUGCAAAAAUUCUCGGGGGAAAAGUUGAUACCAAAGAUGUGGACUGUUCUUCUGCCUCCUGAAGGGAAUUAGCAAUUGGCUGAUUUUGACUGUUCCAAACACCGAGCUGUUUGUUAAAUAUCAGUAGUAUAUUAACAGUUUUUUACCGUAGAGACGGGGGUACACAAAUAGAACAAUUGCUUCUUGGUUGCUAAAAGAUGGAUUUUGAUGAGUUUGUUUUUUUCUUUGGGAAUUGUAUUCUUGACGUGAGAAUAUGCAGCAUGAUAACUCGUAUAGAUGUGAUAGAUUAACUUCAAGAUUAAAAUGGGAUUUUUAAACAGCAUUCUCCGAUGUUUUACAAGUAAUCGUGUAAAAGCUAAUUUCUGUUGGGAAGUCCCUUAACUGUUUAUUUGUUAGUCUUGUCCGUCGAAAAUAAUCUACUUAGUUGUAGGCCUACUUCAAACUAUAAUAAGGCACGCUGUAUCUUUUUACGUAAUAAACUCCUAUCAUGCAUAGUGCGUAGGUCUGAGUACUUGAAACCUUGAUUAUUUUCCUGUUCCUAGCAGCAAUGUUAUGCAGCACUCCGACAACAGUUCUAUCUAGUCUCUCUAAAGAAAUUUAAAAAAAAUGUGCUUCCGGUAGCAGUGGAAUACGCUCAGUUUUUAAAUUGUUUUGUUAUGAUAUUAGUAUAUUGAAAUAAAAGCUUACAACGACGUAAAUCGA